AUGCUGGUAUCCCCGAUCCAAGAAGGAGAGAGCGCCCGGACAGGAGCAGCCGUGGCUUGGCGUCGUGAUACCGAACGAUUUGGCGAGGUGCAUACGCUGCACAAUCUUCUCCUGCAAUGCCAUCGGUCGGACCAGAUUGGAUGGGGGCCAGAACGAGGCGCCACACUAGAAGUCGACCCAUGCUCACGGCAAACGAAAUGCAUCGGUCGUCGUACUCCAUGGCAAACCAACGAAUGCGUGACACGAAGGCCGGUCACAGAUGACCAAGUUUCAACCGGUCCGUUCAUGGACCAUGCUCUGAAUCCCGUCCCUGAGUGGAUGGAUGCAUGGGACGACGGCGUUGGCGAGCCACGUUACAUGCCGUGCUUCCAACAUUCGUCCUCUGUCGUCGUAAUCGUACCCGUUCGUGCUCGUACAUGUGCACGAGGCAACGCAAAGCGCGCCACGGCUCCGGACAUGCCCCAACUCUGUGGUCCCAGUGACCCCACCCCACAGGCCAACGCACCUCGCAUCGAGGCCCAACCCAAGCAAGCCCAAACGCACCUCGCCAAGCUAUAUGCUCCGACUUCGGACGACUUUCAGUUCAACCGCCAACCUGUUGCUUCGUCGGGCAGCGACCUUCAGGGCCGUACCGUGGGCCGUAUCGUCACCGUCCACACGCAAGCACACACGCAUCUGCACACACUCACACGCCAGACAGUCACUCGCAGAACAGCACCACAGAACACGCUCGGCUCACGGAAUGACCCGCGAGCCCAAUCGAUGUGGAGUACGGGCACCAGCCGCUGUGGAUGGCCUCGCCAUCGGCCAAUCGUGACCCUGCACGAGCAUCGAUGGAGCCGGGUGUGGGCACUUGGGGGUCGCGGCCCCCAUCUCAUCAUCCCCGGUCGGUGCGGUUAUGAUGAUGGGGAAACGUUCUACGGGUACGGGUCCCUCGGCCAGGACGUACGGUUGAUGAAGCUAGCAGUGAAUCAACCCAAAGAACAGGCGGUCUGCUGCAUGGAGACCGAUAAUAUAACCGCUGGCGAGCCCACCGUUCGGGAUGAUUUCCUGGCCCCAAAUGUUGUCAAACCAGAAUCAUUUGCCGACUUCUCCAAUGUCCAGUACUUUCAGCAACCUCCCGAUUCCGAUGAUGAGGUGCAGGACGAUGACGAGCAAGACCACGAUGGGCAGUGGAAUGGUGACGUAACGGGAGAUCAGCAGCAAGUUCCACCAUCCUCAGCUUCUGCCGCAUCAGAAUCGGACAAGAAGAAGCAGCAAAGGAAAACAAAGAAGAAGGGCAAAAGCAAGACUGCCGAUGGUUCUGAGCUCAAGCAACCUGUCGAGUCGGGAGCGGCCGAGCCCAAAGAUGUAAAACCUCUGGCAACGUCGAUUGGCAAAAAAAACAAACGAGACAAGAAGAACAAGCACAGUCAACAACGAAACUUCCCAGCCAAGGAGGAAGUGAAAAACGAAUCCAAUCAAGCCAAUGAGGACGACUGGAAUCUACCAACCAAGAAACAAAGGGGCAAGAAGGAUAAGAGAAGCGCCAAGAGUACAAAGUCCCAAGCGCCAAAAGACUCAAGUACCAAGUCGGUGCCUUCUGCUGAAGCUGAUCCAACACCUUCUCCGCCAACGUCAGAGAACAAGCCUGCAGAAAAGGGCUCGCCAGAACCAUCACCGCCGUCUCUUGUCGAAGAACCUGCCACUAUCGAAGAAGCUGCUUCUGUCGAUGAGUCUGCUGCUAGCAAUGAGACUACUCCUGUCGAAGAAGCUGCUCCCGUCGAGGAUGCUACUACUGUCGAAGAAGCUGCCCCUGUCAAGGAACCUGCUCCCGUCGAAAAAGCUGCUCCCAUCGAGGAACCUGCUCCUAUCGAGGAACCUGCUCCCGUCGAGGAACCUGCUCCCGUCGAGGAAGCUGCUCCCGUCGAAGAAGCUGCUCCCGUCGAAGAAGCUGCUCCCGUCGAAGAAGCUGCUCCCGUCGAAGAAGCUACUCCCGUCGAGGAACCUGCUCUCGUCGAGGAACCUACUUCUAUCGAUGAGUCUGCUGCUAGUAAUGAGACUACUCCUGUCGAAGCUGCUCCCGCCGAGGAUUCUACCCCUGUCGAAGAAGCUGCUCCUGUCGAGGAACCUGCUCCCGUCGAGGAACCUGCGCCCAUCGAAGAACUCGCGCCCGUCGAGGAACCUGCUCCCGUCGAGGAACCUGCUCCCGUCGAGGAACCUGCUCCCGUCGAAGAACCUGCUUCUGUCGAUGAGUCUGCUGCUAGUAAUGAGACUACUCCUGUCGAAGCUGCUCCCGUCGAGGGUGCUACCCAUGUCGAAGAAGCUGCUCCCGUCGAGGAAUCUGCGCCCGUCGAGGAACCUGCGCCCGUCGAGGAACCUACGCCCGUCGAGGAACCUGCGCCUGUCGAAGAACUCGCGCCCGUCGAGGAACCUGCUCCCGUCGAAGAAGCUGCUUCUAUCGAUGAGUCUACUGCUAGUAAUGAGACUACUCCUAUCGAAGCUGCUCCCGUUAAGGAUGCUACUCCUGUCGAAGAAGCUGCUCCUGUCGAGGAACCUGCUCCUGUCGAGGAACCUGCUCCCGUCGAGGAACGUGCUCCCGUCGAGGAACGUGCUCCCGUCGAAGAACCUUCUCCCGUCGAAGAACCUGCUCCUAUUGAAGAUUCUGCUCCUAUUAAAGAUUCUGCUCCUGUCGAAGAUCCCGCUCCCGUUGAAGAUCCUGAUCCUGUUGAAGAUUCUGCCGAAGAAGCUGCUCCUAUCGAGGAAGCUGCUCCUAUCGAGGAAGCUGCUCCUAUCGAGGAAGCUGCUCCUGUUGAGGAUCCUGCUCCUAUCGAAAAUCCCGCUCCUAUCGAAGAUCCUACUCCUACCGAAGAUCCCGCUCCCAUCGAAGAUCCCACUCCUACCGGAGAUCCCGCUCCUAUCGAAGAUCCCGCUCCCGUUGAAGAUCCCGCUCCCGUUGAAGAUCCCGCUCCCGUUGAAGAUCCCGCUCCCGUUGAAGAUGCUGCUCCCGUCGAUGAACUUGUUGAUAUUGAAGAACCCGCCCUGGUAGAAGUGCCUACUCUAGUAGUAGAACUAUUAACUGCGGAAGCGCCACCCACUCUGGAAGAGCCUACUACUGUAGAAGAAACUGCUACCAUGGAAGAGCCUACUACUGUGGAGAAAACUACUCCUGGAGACGAGAAACCUACCACAGAAGUGUCACCUACCGCGGAAGAGCCUACUACCGUGGAGGAGCCACCUACUAUGGAAGAUCCUAAUGCUGUGGAAGAGCCAACUGCUGUGGAAGAGCAACCUACAGUGGAAGAGCCUACCACUGUAGAAGAGCCCAAUACUACGGAUGAGCCAUCAACUGCGGAAGUGCCUGCUCUUGUGGGAAAAUCUGCGUCUACGGGCGAAUCUAUUACCGAAGAGAACUCGGCAAUUGCAAGUGAGCUUGCACCAAUUGCUGAAGAAACGAUGCCGACGAACGGGCCAACCCUCCAAGACGGACCUACGCACGCGAAGGAAACUGCUUCCAAAGUGUCAGUUGAGCCCCCAGACCAGUUCACGCCUGUUGGCGACGCAUUUUCCACGGAAGAGACUCCCCAAGCGGCUACACACACGCCUUUGCCCACCGAAGAGACCGAAGUUGUGGGGCCAGAAGUUGUGAAGGAAUUAGAUGGGUCGGCAAGCACUGAAGCCAACAAACCAGUCAAUGAGACGAAGCCAGAUUGUGACGUCGCUGAUUCAGUAGUGGUCACUGCUACACCAGACGUUCAGAUUUCAGAGGACAACGAUGACAAGAAAGAGGAAGAACCGGCUGAUCCAGAGCAAUCAGCGGCUGAAGUUGUUGUAGAACAGCCAGCCGAAUCUCAGGCUAUGAAUGAAACCUCUCUCGACGAACCAGCUGAGGGAGAGCCACAGCUUGAAGAGAAACGUGUGGUGCCAUCUGGAGAAUACAAGCCCGAAGUUGAACAGCCCGCAAGCGAUGAAGAGCUGAAUCCAGAGGUGUCUGCCGUAUCAGAUGAAGCUGUAGCCAAAUAUGAUGCUAAUACGAAGGACAUUGCUUCCACUGAAGUAGUGCUAGGAUUGGAAGCCGAAGCUAGUUAUGAGGCGCAGCCAGCAUUUGCCGAUUCACCAUCUAUCAACAUACAGGUGGAAUCCAUUUCAGGAAUUUCAGGAGCAGGAGCCAAAGGGGGGGAGAUGAACACAGAUGGAGUCGUCAAUGGCGAGGAUCGUGAAGUUUCCGAGCCCAUUGACAAAGGGGAACCUAGCACAGGUGAUACGCAGGCGGACAGGGAACAAGUGGCCAUUUCAACCGAGGAAUCGGCUCUUUCUUCCGAGCACAAACCAGUUGAGAGUUCCAUCGAAAUUCCCCACGAGGCAGACAUCUCCGAGUUAGUUGACGUACCGAAUGGGGGCGGCAUUGUGAAGGAAGGGGAAGCAGAGGCUGCAUUGGAUAUCAACAAUAACUCAUCCGCGAAGCUGAGAACGGAGGUAUCAGAUAUUGACGAGACCGACAAAGCCAAAGACGAGGUAGGGGCAGAGCCAUCAAGGACAACCCUCCCAACAGUUGUGGCUCUCAGUGACGAAACCGAAGAUGUGGCCAUAAUUGGUCCAGUACACGAAGCGGUUCCAGAGGAGGAUUCAUCCAAGGCAUCCAGCAGCGACGGUCGAAAGGAAGAUGCUUCUGGGCUUGUUUCUCUAGUAGAAAUGGUGGAAAAUCUGCCAGAUGAGAACCGCGAUCAUUAUAUCGAGACCUCAAAGGGUACGGCGACAUCAGACUCGACAAGUGACUCACCGCCACCAGUUUCUGCGGGCAAGGAUAAAGGGCAUAUAUCGGUGCCGGCCCCUACUGGUACAGAUGCUCAAGAAGAAGUUACAGUCGAGGGUAACGAAAGCAACAUCGCCGAUGGGCAAACAGCGGAACCCAAAUCACUUGGAUCCAAUACUCCGAAGUCAGUAGACGAAUCGACGCCCAAGUCUGAAUCGCCUUCCGACGUCAGCGUGACCGAUGAAGCUUGCAAAAUCGCUCCAAUCACUCAACUGGAGUUGGGUGGAGCAGUUGUGGCAACUGAAAUUGAUCCAACGACGAUGGGUACCAUCGACUUGAAAGAUGCCCCCAUUGUAGUUGUCACAGAGUUGCAGACUGAAGAGAAUCCCACGCAUGAUUCAGACGCUGGCAAUUCGGAUUCAACCAUCUACCCUACUGGAGAUCACGGGCUUGAUACUUCGGCAGAGGCACCGGGCGAAAUUGCCGAGAACACAACUCGUGCCACAUCACGCGAACCUGACAAGCCAGAAACCGCUGAAAAGGUUGAUGGAACACCAGAUGAGUUGGCCACGAAGUCAAUGGGCCUUACUAAAUUGACAGCGGAAGCUAAAAAUGAGGAGCGUGAGGUCGCUGAAGUUGGAAAAACUUGGCCAAACGAUCCGGAUAAUGUUCCUGGAGCUGCAGCAGACGCUUCCGAUGAGGCAUCGACAAAGGGAACGGUGGCUCAAUUUGAAGAUGGUUCUGAUUCGAACGACAAACCGGAAAAUGGAGUUUCUGAAUCUGAAAAGCUGAAAGAUUCAGAUUCUAUCUCUGAGGCAACAGAAACACUUGCGGAAACAACUACAACAGUUACCAAGGAUGAUCAUGAAGCUGACCCGAAAUUGGCCGAUGAAGCCGAACCGGCAGAAAUCGUCGUCCCGAGUAGUGGCGAUGCAGAGAGCGGAGAAAAGAAGCUCUCCGAGGAAAUGAAAGGGGACACAGGGCUUGGUACGGUAGUUUCUUUGUCUGAAGAAUCUGUUCCAGUAGUGACUCCCACAGCUGAAUCAGUGGAAGCCAUACUGGUAGGCACGCAGACGCCUCUUGAGGAGGCUGAGAACGACAAGCCAGCGGCCAAGGACGCUGCUUUAGAUGCGUCUACUAGGGCAAUUGAGGGCCAUGGUUCUCCUGCUGAACCGUUAACCCCCCUCGUGGAGACAUCAGGAACUGCUCAAGAUGGUUCUGUCAUAAUCUGCGAAGGAUCAAAAGACACUGAAGCAGAUUCACUGACUGAUCAGCCUGUUGAGACCAAUGCUCCCUUAACACCACCACAAUCGGUAGAGGCAGAUGCAGCGAUAGAGGAUGACAACAUAAUCAAGACGAAUACCGACAAGCAGGUUCAACCAGAGGAACCAGAGGUGGAGACGAGAAUAGAGAUUUCAGUUGGGCAAGAUGAUGUCCAGUCUUUAGCACCUGCUGUCGAUAAUAGUGACACUGCUGGUGAACCCGAAAUUUCCAUUCCUGCUGUUGUGGAAAAACAGCAACCGGCGGGAAAGAUUGAUACAAUGGACGGCGAGCCGAGAAAGGAAUCGGGGGCAGAUGAUGUGGCCCCAGCUCAAGCAUCCAGCCCGGAGGCAGAACCGAAGAAUGAGCUCGCAAAUGAACCAAUCACACCAGAUGCUGGAGAAGUGAGAGCUCAAAUAAACUGCGACGAUGAGCAGCAAGACCAAGAAAACGAAAUGGGCCCAGACGAACCUCCUCCGGACAGAACCACGACCUCUAUUGAGGACAUUGCUGAACUCGAUGAGGAAGCUGCUCUUGACCAAGAGAAAUCGGAGACAGUGGAUAAGACUGCUCCUGGAAAUUCCGAGUCGGAAAAAAAAGAAGUGCCCGCACAGCUUGGUGGCGGGGAGCCAACUUCUGUCUCUGCUAAAUAUGCGGAAUCAGAGAUUCAAGAGCUCACGACCUCUGGUCCGGGGAUAGAGAUCGAAAAGAUACCUAUGGACCCUGGCAUGGUCGCCGACACCAGUAAAGAUGCAGAGCACACGGAAAACCUCAAAGUCGAAGAAGUGGCAAGCGAGAUUUCUCCGGAGGCGAAACCAGAUGUUGGAGAUAAGGACGCUCAGAUAGCACCACCACCUGUUGAAGAAGAAAAUCCAGCUGAGACAACGCCAGUGUCAGAGGGGCAGGAAACCGCGACCGCCGAAGCACAACGAGCCGCCGAAGAUGACGAGGUAAAGGAUACCAUUGGUUCUAUUCCAGUCAAGACAGAGGAGAAGCAAACAUAUCGGUCAACAAAAGAUGGCAGAUCCAGGGAGCCCGAAGACUCAAGCAACGACAAGGACAAAGAGCGCCAUCGAAGGCACCGACACUCUCACCACUCCACUUCCCACCCUAGCAGAAACCGUAUUGACGAGGGUAAGGAGAGGCGCCGAUCGACACAUAACUCUCACGACUCCCACGGUUCUCAUCGUCACCGGAUAGACAGUACACACUCCAGUGCCGAUAUGCCAGCUCCCAGGCGUCACGACAGUGGAUAUUCCGGAGAGAGCUCCGGAAGCUCCGGUCGAAGACGUAGGACUAAGGAAGAGCAGGCUGCCCAUGAGAGACGAAAGUUGGAGCGAACACUGAAAGAUAAAGAGCUACAGCGUCGUGAGUCCUCCAACAAGGAGAGCAAAGACAAGGAAGCCGAAAUCCAGACGGAGCGCGGCCAUCGAUCGUCACGCCGUCAUAGUCACCUGCGCCACUCGCGACCGGAGCAGCGACAGAGCUCUUCUACCGACCAGAGCCCGACAACGCAGCCUGAGAAGCGAUUUUUCGAUUUGAGGAAUGCAGAGGGUGUCGUCGGGCGCGGUUCUCCCGCACCAGUUCUCGGCCGUGGAGACGCAGACGGGCAAACACCAGAGUCGCCAAAGGAACAUUCGCGUCCAGACAUGGCGAAGCGCUCGAGCACCACUCACUCCAAGCAUAGCUCCACCCGCCAGUCGACCGACCGUACUUCUCGCCCUAGGUCAUCCAGGUCUGGAGAAGAGGCUGGGACUGCGGACCAUAAGCCCGCGUCGAAGAAAAGCUCGGGAAGUCCACCAGCGGAGGAUGCUGCCCGCCGCGCGAGACAUAGUGAACGCAAAAGGGCCAAGGAAGAAGUGAAGAAGCCAGGUGGCAUUCGAAACCUCGUCAAAAGACUGUUUAACUCGGCAUAG